UAAACAUAACCUUAAACCUAAAAUUCUGCCAAUGACUUCAUGACUUGUCAAAUAUUUGAAUCAAAUCGAAGGCUUCAGUGAGUUGAUAUUCAUUUUUGGAUUUAUUUUCAAUAAGAAAUGGGUCAGAGUCAGUCAGGCGGUAGUGGCGGUGAUAAAAAGGAAGAGAAAGAUAAAAAGAAAAAAUAUGAGCCCCCAAUUCCUACACGAGUUGGUAAGAAGAAACGCCGUACAAAGGGGCCCGAUACUGCCCUCAAGUUACCGGCAGUUACCCCGCAUACUAGGUGUCGUCUAAAGUUGCUGAAACUAGAAAGAAUUAAAGACUAUUUGUUGAUGGAGGAAGAGUUCAUUCGCAAUCAGGAGAGACUGAAGCCACAGGAAGAGAAGAACGAAGAAGAAAGAUCUAAAGUAGACGAUUUAAGAGGAACACCUAUGUCAGUAGGAAAUCUUGAAGAAAUAAUUGAUGAUAACCACGCUAUUGUUUCCACGUCUGUGGGAAGUGAACAUUAUGUGAGCAUUUUGUCUUUUGUUGAUAAAGAUCAGCUCGAGCCUGGUUGCUCUGUACUUCUUAAUCACAAAGUACAUGCUGUAGUUGGUGUGUUAGGUGAUGAUACUGAUCCUAUGGUAACAGUAAUGAAAUUAGAAAAGGCUCCACAAGAAACAUACGCAGAUAUAGGAGGUCUUGACAACCAAAUUCAAGAAAUUAAAGAGUCGGUGGAAUUACCGUUGACACAUCCUGAAUACUAUGAAGAAAUGGGUAUUAAACCACCGAAAGGUGUUAUCUUAUAUGGUCCUCCAGGAACUGGCAAAACACUUCUUGCAAAAGCAGUAGCCAAUCAAACAUCAGCUACUUUUCUGAGGGUGGUGGGGUCAGAACUAAUUCAGAAAUAUUUAGGAGAUGGCCCUAAAUUGGUUAGAGAACUAUUUAGAGUUGCUGAAGAACAUGCUCCGUCCAUUGUUUUUAUUGAUGAAAUUGAUGCGGUUGGAACAAAAAGGUAUGAUUCAAACUCUGGAGGUGAGAGAGAGAUACAACGUACAAUGUUGGAACUCUUAAAUCAGCUGGAUGGGUUUGAUUCCAGAGGGGAUGUAAAGGUGAUAAUGGCAACAAACCGAAUUGAAACACUUGAUCCAGCACUUAUAAGGCCAGGGCGUAUAGAUAGGAAAAUUGAAUUUCCACUGCCCGAUGAAAAAACAAAGAAAAGAAUUUUUAAUAUACACACAUCCCGUAUGACUUUGGCCGAAGAUGUCAAUUUGCAGGAAUUGAUUAUGGCAAAAGAUGAUCUAUCUGGAGCUGAUAUUAAGGCCAUUUGUACUGAAGCUGGAUUAAUGGCUCUCAGAGAAAGAAGGAUGAAAGUGAUGAACGAAGAUUUCAAAAAAUCAAAAGAAAACGUGUUAUAUAGAAAGAAAGAAGGUACACCAGAGGGUCUCUACUUGUAAAAGUUACACAAAAUUAUUUCCCAUUAGUUCCCGCUUUUUAUUACAUACUUACUUUGUGAAACAUUUAUAAAAAUAAAUAAUUUAAUAUUUAAAUACU